AUAAUAUUAAUACUGCUGCGAUUAUGUCCCACACGUAAUUUUGCUAGAGAAAUAAAGAAAAUUAUUGACUUAAAUUGUUAAUUGCACAUAUAAAAACGCUUGGCUAGUGGAAAACAUACCACUGCGCAGAUAUGGACGACGACAUGGUGUUGAACCCAGGUCCACCCGGUGUCGAUAAUAAUGCCAAGUCAGAGGAGAAAGAUAAGGAGGGUGAGAAGGAGACGACAUCAAGCAAGGCGGGCAAGUCGCGUCGCCGUUCCACAUCUCGCCGCCGCUCCAAUUCAAGGAGGCGCUCCCGCUCGCUGUCUCGAUCACCCACACCACCACGACGCGGCCGCUAUGAUUCUCCGGAAUACGGACGUUUUGAUCGCCGACGCCGCUUUGCCCCUCGCCGCUCGCCGGACCGCCGUAGGUCCCCUCCAUGGCGUCGUUCUCCAAUUCGGCGUGGUCGUUCCCGCAGAGGAAGAUCUCGAUCUCGCUCGCGCAGCAACAGUCCUGCCGGUGCAGGCCGCUGGUCGCCGAAAAAGAAACCUGCAUCGCCUCCCCUACCGCGUUCCAACCAGCCACCAGCUCAAAUAUCAACCGGCUAUAAUGUGAUGCCACCGCAAAUGUAUCAACAGCCUCCGUAUGGAGCUCCACCCGAUGUUGUGUAUCACGGUCAUCAGUAUGGAAUGCCUCAAGCUAAUGCUUUUGCAUCGCGUGGUCCUCCCGGAUAUGUUGGCAUGCAAGGACCGCCACCAUCUCAGCCUAGCUUUAAUGCAGCCUACGGUCCGCCAGGAACCUGGGGCGUAAAUGAGUAUGGCCAACAAGUGUGGUUACCCCAGCCCCAAUUGACCACUGUGCCGCCGCCAGUUGUACCAGAAACAGCUCUGGUUUCGCCACAACAGGCGACAGUGGCUCCACUACCGCAGCAACAGCAGCAGCCGCCGGCACCACAACAACAACUGAUCGAUGACGGACAAAAACCACCGGCGCUUGAGGGCGCAGGUUUGCCGCCACAGGAUGCUGUAGCCCAGGAGGCCGAGAAUCAAAAGGACGAGCUCAAGAAGCAGCGAGCCAACUAUGUGAAGAAAGUCUUGAUAUUGAAGAAGGAAAUGAAAGUGCUAAAAGAGCAACGAGAAGAUUUAGCAGCCGGUGGAGAGCCACCAACCCCAACCACAUCGAAUUUUAUUGAGGAAAAUGAUCGAUUGCAGGUACAAAUUAAAAAGAAAUUGGACACAAUCGAAAAUGUUAUUGAUAUGCUCAAUGGCAUCAUUGGCGAUGAAGAGCCCGAGGAUGAACAGCGUAAAAAACCAUUGGCCGAAAAUGCAACAGUUAACAGCAAAGAGGAGCCCUCGGCAACGACCUCAAGCGAUAGCUCUGAAAACAGUUCGGAUUCUGACUCAUCUACAAGCAGUUCAUCCGAUUCUUCAUCUGAUGACGAUAACGAUGAUGACGACAACGAGGAUCAAAAUGAAGGCACUCCGACAGAUCGUCUUAAAGACCGGGCCAUCAAGUCAAUGAAGGCCAAACAGCAGCGAGGAGUAGGCGAAAAUGUCUCGGCCACAAGUGCAACUUCAAAGGCAGCUGGAGCCCCCAACCAGCAACCGGCACAAAGCUAUAAUUUUGUGUUUUUCGAUCCCGAGCAGCAUUGGUGCGAUAGCUGUGGCGUAUUCCCAAAGACAGCGCGGGACUAUCUAAAGCAUUUGCAUACCGAAGAACAUAUGAAUCGUGACAUUAUUGAGACACCGUGGCAUGUGGAAAUCGAUCAUGAUCCCUUUCCCACCUACGAGAAUGCCCCUACCAAGCGUGUUCCGGUUCGUGGCAUGCAGUUCUUGGUGCCAGCGAAUGCCUGGUUCUGUAAACUCUGCAGCGUCUGGAUUGGUGAUUUGCAUUGUGCUUCAGCGCAUCUGAAAUCAAGGCUGCAUUCCAAUCGUUAUGAGCUGUACCUUAAAAAGACUCCGAGCUAUGAAACCGAUUGGAUAGCAAAUCGUGAUCGGGCCCUUCAACAGCAAAAGGACAACGACGAGGUCAAGAAUAAAAAGACCAAAAAAGACGAAGACAAAGUCUCUAAGAAACGUAAAAAGAAGAGUGAUAAGAAAAAGAGGAAGCACAAGCAUGGAAAGAAUAAGCAUAAGCGCAGUACUUCUUCAUCAUCGGAUAGUUCGUCAUCCGAAGAUGAGAAAGCGCAGCAACCAAAGAAAGGCCGCACCGACGACCAGGUGGACAAGUCAUCAACUUCAUCUAGCAAUGUCUCAAACAAUGCCUCCUCAAUACGCGUUACUAUGCGCAAGCAAGGAUCAUCUGCUGAACGCUCAGCUCCAUUGAAGCCUGAAGCUUUGGUACAUCCUGUGGCUCCACCGCCUCCCAAUAUCAAGGAUGCCCUCAAUUCGGAUGGACGUGGAAAAUGGACAUCUGCCGGCGGAGAGGAGCAUACUGAAGAUCAGAAAAAACGCGACGAGGCCAUGUUGCAGCAAUGGAACACAGUUCAGCCGGUGAUCAGUGAGAGUGAGAAAAAGUUGCUGGAGCAACUCAAGGGAAAGCUAAAGACUAAAACGCGCGACCAUCAUAAAUCUGGUACCUCUGGGACAAAUGCUGCAAGUGAUGACAAGUUGAAGCGAGGCGGAGGAGGAAGCAACUCCACUACAAAAAGACGUACUCGCUCCCGCAGUCGUCCACAUGAGACAAAGCGGCGCACUCGAUCCCGUAGCGGUAGCCGUGGACGUCUUGAUCGCGAUCGCCGAGAUCGAGAACGUGAUCGUGAUCGCGAUCGUGGCCGUGAUAGGGAGCGCGAACGAGAACGGGAUCGCGAUCGUGACAGACGUCGCUCGCGCAGUCGUUCGCGCAGCCGUGGACGUAGACGCUUCUCGCGUUCGCCUCUAAGAGGCAGUCGGCGUAGCCGUUCGCGGGAGGCACGACGUCGUCGCAGUAGCCGUAGCCCUAGCCACUCUGAAGAUCGAGUGGAACGACCUAUCGUCAAGCAUUCCGAAUUUCGACCACGCGCCCAGCCCAGCCAGAAAUCCAGUGAGAGCAAACGGGACAAGAAGGAGACAACUGCCAAACCGAAAGUGACCAAAAACAGCGCCAGCUCAGGUACCACCAGUGCAACGACGGGAGGCAAAAAGUUGCCAUUUAUUGGCAAAAUGCCAGUAUUUAAGAAGCAACCGACUGCUUCUGCUGGAGUCGGCGAUAACGCUGCAGCUGCUUAUACCAAUGGAUCGCUAGAAGCGCCGCCACCGCCGCCGCCACCACCUAUGGGCGGCGUUCAUAUGGCCCCAGCAGUUCCGCGUCUAGCAGCUCCAACAGUGGCUCAAAUUCAAAUGGCCAUGAUGGAAGAUGCCUAUGGCAAUGCACCGCCUUUUCAUCCCGACGCUGGAAUGAUGGUUGACUACGAUGAAUUGAUGCCUGAUCCCGUGCAAUUUGCCAAUUUGAUGUCACAUGGCCCGCCGCCACCACCGCCUGGAGACGGAUCAGAUGGAGAUACAAUUGGCAAAGAUUCAGAUGGAACCGAUCAGCAGGCAAUGGAAAACGACGAAGAGGAUGUUCUGCCGCCCGGCAUUGAUGAAGCUGAAACUGAUCUAGUGCCGCAGCCAUUGGACGCUGCAGAUCAGCCCAGGGAUGGUGAUCUACCCAAAGAUCUGGCCGAGGCACUUGACAUCAUAUUUCCCACAGAUGGUGUCAUGGGCGAAGUGGCUGACGAAGCCAGUCAAAUCCCAAGCGAGCCGCAGACUGUUACGACUAUUGUGGAGGACACAACGGUGUUGAGUGAGCAUAAUCUUCUGGACUUGGCCAAUCAGGGCAUACAUUUGGUGACCAUCGAUGAAACGUCCACGUCGAGCCCCAUAACAACAACAACAACAACGGAGGCAACUGUCCCAACCUCGGCUCCGGCUGCAGAUAUAAUUGAAGAACCUAAAUCCCUGGAAUCGCCUAAAAAGCCAUUGGCAUCAAUCCAGGAUGAAGAAAACCAGUUGGUGAAUGGAAAAUCAACAGAUGACUCCUUAACGCGCAGCACAAUCAGUGUAAAUCAUACAGACGCCAUUGAUAUUCCCAUGCCUGGAUCACCACAACCACCGCAACCACUACAAAGUGCCGCUUACAUCUCUGACGCCGUCUCAGAGACCAAGGAUAUGGAGGAGAAGAUGAUGAUGGAUCUUGAAGAUAUAGCCAAGCCGACAGAACCAACCGUGGACUUGGAGAAAAUGCGCCAUCAGGCAGAAUUGGACGAGCUGGCCAUGCUGGGUAUCGAUAGUAGCGACAUGGCGGCACAAUAUGCAUUAUAAACUUUGGUUGGACUUUUUCCCAGCUAUCGAGUGACGCAUGCCGACUCCUUAUCCUUCUUUUUUACAUUUCAACAACAUACGCAAGAAAAACAAAAAAACAAAACAAAAACUGAGGCGUCAACAAAAUAUGUAAUAAUCCAUUUUAGUUUUUACCUUAAAAAGCUCGCUGUUCCUCUCCUGGGAGAGCGUUUUAUGUGACACAAUGUUUUUAAGUAAAUAAAUGCGCAUAUAUGUAUGUAAUAUAUGUAUGAUGG